AUGGUAAUGGGUUACGAUGACAGAGAAAAUGAUCUCUUUCUCUGCGACACCAAUACCUGUAAAUUUGAUGGGGAGUGUUUAAGGAUUGGAGACAGUGUGACUUGUGUCUGUCAGUUCAAGUGUAAUAAUGACUAUGUGCCCGUGUGUGGCUCCAACGGUGACACUUACCAGAACGAAUGCUACUUGAAACAGGCUGCCUGCAAGCAGCAGAGUGAAAUACUCCUGGUGUCUGAAGGAUCAUGUGCGACUGAUGCUGGCUCAGGAUCUGGGGAUGGAGUCAAUGAAGGCUCAGGUGAAACCAAUCAAAAAGAGACAUCGACCUGUGACAUUUGCCAGUUUGGGGCAGAGUGUGACGAAGAUGCAGAGGAUGUUUGGUGUGUGUGCAACAUUGACUGUUCUCAAACCAACUUCAAUCCUCUUUGUGCUUCCGAUGGGAAAUCUUAUGAUAAUGCAUGUCAAAUCAAAGAGGCAUCAUGCCAGAAACAGGAGAAAAUUGAAGUCAUGUCUUUGGGUCGAUGUCAAGAUAAUACUACAACAACUACAAAAUCAGAGGAUGGGCAUUACGCAAGAACAGAUUAUGCAGAGAAUGCAAAUAAACUGGAAGAAAGUGCAAGAGGGAUCUACAUCCCCUGUCCAGAGCAUUACAACGGCUUCUGCAUGCACGGCAAGUGUGAGCACUCCACUAACAUGCUGGAACCGUCUUGCAGAUGUGAUGCUGGCUACACUGGACAACACUGUGAAAAAAAGGACUACAGCGUUUUGUAUGUGGUUCCAGGCCCAGUACGAUUUCAGUAUGUCUUAAUAGCAGCUGUGAUUGGAACCAUCCAGAUUGCUAUCAUCUGUGUUGUAGUCCUCUGUAUUACAAGGAAAUGUCCCAGGAGCAACAGAAUCCACAGACAGAAGCAAAACACAGGGCACUACAGUUCAGACAACACGACAAGAGCAUCGACAAGUUCUAGUGGCAAUUUUGAGUCUACUGAACUCAGUAGUAGGGUUUUGAGUUGGUCCAAGAUCAGCGACAAUUAUGGAUGUGGGAAAGGUGAAGAAUAAUUUAAUCUACAUUGAGGAGGGAUAAAAUAUUUCAAAUCCGGAGUCAACUACAUUUCAUCAGCCUUCUUCUCCCAUACCAUCUAUCUUUACUCUUCCAUAGCUUAGGAAGUCUUUGCCUUCUAAAUUAAAUUCUAACCGAAGGGGAAAUGGAAAUUCUCAGUAACUGCGAUGGGAGUGUCAGGGGUAAUGUUUUGAUUUGGGAGGGAAUUAGGUGUCUGUCAAGGUGAACCCUACAAGAACACUGCAGAAUCUCCAACUCUGGUCACUGGAGUGAGUGAAAAUUGCUUCGUACUGUUGAUUGAAAAUUAUUAGGUUAAAAAAGUUAAUAACGUAAUAACAGCUGAAAUGCCAGCACCAUUUGUACCUCGUGAACAUGCUGAUAUAAUUUAUUUUUGCAACGAGAAGGUGAAAACCACUCAGAAAAUACCUUAUGAAUAACUUUAUGGGUGACCCUACUCCAUUAAAUGUAAUGAAGUCAAAUGUUGGCUAUACCUCAGGAAAAUAAGGGCAUGUGUUUUGUCACAUCCACAUGAUGGACAA